UGAAGUGUAUUCUGGGUGCCAAAAUUAUUUAGUAGUGUUUGCAAAGUGAAUAUUGACUGAUUGAAAAAUUUAGUGUUAAUUUAAUUUUUUUUUAAUUAUAAUUUGUUGAAAAAUCGAAACAUGUCAACCACCGGCACUGUGAUAAAUUAUGUGUUUAACGCAAUCAAUCAAUAUGGCGAACAAGAUGGAGCACCAUUACAUAAUAUUGUUGAUGUUGUGUCACACAAUUUGGCCAAUGAUAAUGUGGUUCCAAGGCCUAGGAAUAUUUUAACACAUACACGACGUGCAAUCGACUAUGGUCUAAAAAACGGUUUAAUAUUACAAUUAAGACCAGAUAUGUAUAAGUUGAAUACAAUACCAGAAUAUGGAAGCAGAGACGAUGGUGAUAAUCAGCCAAUGGAAGACGAUUACGAGGACAAUGAUGGAAAUUCAUACGAAAGUGACGAUGAUUUGAACAGGCGAAUGGAUUAUCCUAGACAGCCAUAUUACUACAGAGGAAACCAAGAUUAUCAUCAAGAACACACAGAAAAUCCAUAUUAUAAAGAUCGGGUCUUAAACACGGAUAAGAAAAACCAGAAACGAAGUAAAGGAGGCUUUUUACCUGCUCAAAUUCCAGCAUGCCCUGUCGGACCAACCGAUCCACAAGAACCAACUAGCCCCGGUGAACCACGACCGCCAUUAGAUCCUCCACCGUACACUGGCAGAAUUGAGAAAUCUAGUCGUCAUUCAAAACAAAAACCUGAUAUAAUGAACAAGAUUUCCCAUGGUUCUCCCGACAAUGAAAAAAUGAAUGACGAUGAUCACGAUUGUGAUUUCGAAGGAGACUCGGAAGACUUUGAUAAUGACAUUUGCUCUGAAGAUUUCAAUGAUUUUGAGGAUGAUGCUGCCGAAAAUGACGAUGACGGUCAAGAGGCUGGUGAUGAACAUGGUGACGAUGACGAAGAUGCGGAACAGGAUAUUGAUUAUGAAAACAGUCCUGAAAUUUAUGAUGAAGCUAGAGACCAAGUGCAAAUGAUGCGGCAAGCAAAGUUUAAAAGACCUAGUUAUGAUAAAAAGGGAUCACAUCGUGGAGGAAAUAAAAAUAAUAAACAAAGCAAAAAGUUGAAGAAAAAUGAUUCGUGUAGCACAUGUGGUGAUUUUCAUUCAGAUGGUUAUUCAGAUGGGGCUUUGCAACGAAAACGUCCGUCGUCAAGACUGAAUGAACCAAGAGAUGCUAUUAAGAAAGGUCGUUUUAAUAAUAGAUAUCAUACAAUGGCCGUUGGACUUCCAUCACACAAAAUUUUGAAGCGACAUGAUAGAAGUUCUUUAAAAAAACGACUACAACUUGCUGCAGGUAGAUUAAGUCAGCCCCACUAAAGAUUGUUGAAAAUAUUCCGAUAUGUAAAUAAUUCAAAAUAAGGCCAAUAUUAAUUUAAUAAUAAAAACGUCAUCCG